GUCAUUUUCUUCGAGACACUUCGACUGUUCGGAUGUUACGAUUCGUGCGGGCAGAGUUAGCGAUAUGACGACCCAGCUAAUCAACACGAGCGAGCGAUGUGUCGACGAGGCCCUGGAAGGCUUGAUGGCCGGGAACUCAGGUCUCCUUCUCCUGCCGGAACAGCGCGUGGUGGUCGAGCGCGCGUGGCUGACUGGCCGGCGCAAGGGGGUCGCAAUUGUCACGGGGGGAGGGUCCGGGCACGAGCCUUUCGCCGCAGGCUACGUCGGCGAGGGGAUGCUGGCGGCUGCUGUAGCGGGGUCCGUCUUCACCUCCCCGCCCCCCGCCUCCAUCGCCGCGGCCAUCACGGCUGUGGGGAAGGAUAAUCCAGAUGGCGUGUUGGUGGUGAUCUUCAACUACACUGGGGAUCGAGUGAAUUUCGGGCUGGCGGUUGAGCGCUGUCGGGCCGCCGGUAUGAAGGUGGGGAUGUAUGUCAGCGGUGACGACUCAGCUCUCGCCCGGGUUACAGGCACCGCUGGCAGAAGGGGCCUCUGUGGCACUUUGUUUGUGCUGAAGAUCGUGGGCGCCAUGGUCCAGGCAGGUGCCACGCUGGACCAAGCCCUGGAGACAUGCCACAAGCUCGGUAGUGCCAUGGGAACUAUUGGCUUUGCUGCCAGUGCGUGCCAGAUGCCGGGGGCACCGAAGCCCCUCUUCACAGUGCCCCAAGGCAUGCUGGAGCUGGGCCUCGGGGUGCAUGGCGAGAAAGGGGCAGCCACUAUAAAGGCGGGAACAGCAUCUCAAGUGAUGGAAACGCUCCUGGACAACCUGACGAGGGAGGAUUCAGAGACACGUCUUGAUCUGCAGAAGGGAGAUGAGGUGGCAGUCAUCGUGAACAAUCUCGGGUGCACUUCGGAACUGGAAAUGGGCAUCCUGAGGAGGGAAGUUGUGAUGCAGCUUAAACAGCGUGGCGUAAACCCCAUCCGUGUGUACCAAGGAUCACUCAUGACAAGUCUGGACAUGAAGGGUGUACACAUAUCUGUCUUGAGAAUCCUGGAUCCCUCAUGGGUGACCCUUCUUGAUGCCCCAACUUCCGCACUGGCCUGGCCGACACCCAUAAUUCAUGAGGGUGGCAAGGAUGAGGCAUUUAGUGUGCCUGAGUACGAUCUCAACCUGUCUGCUCGAGAAGCACUGAGGAGCAGCUACACCCUGAAUGACCCUGCCCAUGCCCAGGCCCUAAGGGCAUGUCUGGAAUCACUUGUGGCAAAAGUUCCUCAGCACGAGGAGCUUCUAAACACCCUCGACUCGGGUUGCGGCGAUGGUGACUGUGGUACCACCUUGCUUCUUGGGAUCCGAGCCAUCUCGAACCAGCUCCCCGACCUCCCUACCGCCCACCCGGCCGCCCUUUUGGCCUCCCUCGGCGACGUGGCCUCCGUCAGCAUGGGCGGGUCGUCGGGAGGCCUCUACUCCAUCCUCCUGACGGCCGCCGCCUCCCACCUCGCCUCGUGCCCCUCGGAGGGCGUGUCCCCGAGAGCGCGGUGGGCGGGGGCGCUGCGGAAGGGCGUCGCAGCCGUCGGGGAGUACGGGGGAGCGCGGGCGGGCGACAGGACCAUGCUGGACGCCCUUCUGCCGGCUGUCGAGGCGCUGGACUCCUCUGCCGACGACGCUGACGACGGACCGAGGGCGCUACUGCAGGCGAUGGCGACGGCGGCCGACCGAGGAGCCAGGCGCACGAAGGGGAUGAAGGCCAGGGCAGGACGAGCCAGUUACGUGAGAGAGGAGAAGGUAACGGGAGAAGACGCCGGUGCAAGAGCUGUUGCAUGCAUGUUGCAAGCACUAGCGUCCUACUGAGAUGCCAGGUUGAGCUGAGCCCCGGCAGCAAUUGCGCACGUAUAUAGACGCCGAGCCCGGUGACCAGCCAUCCAUUGCCUCCAGCUGCGAAUCCAGGACCACUACACGCUCGUUCCAUUAGAAGCCGAAGGAAAAUAAUUUCUAA